GAAAUUUUGAGUUUGGUUGGAUUGUAUUGAUGGAGGAGAGGGAGAAACUAUUUUUUAAUUAAAGAUUGGGUUAUGUGGGUCUAAUACCCGAUUAAACUCACAAUACUUUACAAAAAUUAAGGACCAAAACAUCCUUUGGCUGAAAAUGGCCCCUCCUCGUGGAUCUUCGAAUCUCAUGGCGAUUUACGGUUAUGAUGUGGUUUUGGGAUCAAUUGCUGCAUUUUAUAUAUUUAUGGCCCCUUUUACUAAAGUUGAAGAAAGCUUCAAUGUCCAGGCCAUGCAUGAUAUCUUGUAUCAUCAGCAUCACAUAGAAAAAUAUGACCAUUUGGAGUUUCCUGGAGUUGUUCCUCGCACAUUUAUCGGUGCGUUGAUAGUUUCCAUUUUAGCAUCUCCGAUGGUUUUAGCUAUCAAUCUGCUGCAUUUGCCAAAGAUUUAUAGUCUUUUAGCAGUGCGUUUGACCCUAGGAUUCUCCAUCUUGGCUACACUUAGAUUUUUACGAGCUCAGGUUAAGGAAAAGUUUGGCCUUCAAGUUGAGGCUUUCUUCGUGAUACUGGUAGCAAUUCAAUUUCAUUUGCUGUUCUACUGCUCACGACCUCUUCCUAAUAUAUUGGCAUUGGGUUUAGUAAAUUUAUCCUAUGGCUACUGGUUGAAGGGGAGCUAUUAUGCCACACUAAGAUGUCUGAUUUUUGCUACAAUUGUCUUUAGAUGUGAUAUGCUGCUGCUCCUUUGUCCUCUUGGUCUAGAGCUUUUGCUGACAAAAUCGAUUACAUUGUGGAAAGCCAUAAAAUGCUGCAUCGGAGCUGCGAUAUUUAGCAUAGGUCUUACUAUCUUAGUUGAUUCAAUAAUGUGGCAGAAGCUAUUGUGGCCUGAAUUCAAUGUUUUUUGGUUUAACUCUGUCUUAAAUCGAAGUUCAGAGUGGGGUACUCAUCCAUUUUAUUGGUACUUCACUUCUGCUUUGCCUCGAUCGUUGUUGGCUGCAUAUCCUCUCUUUAUGCUUGGGGUUAUACUUGAUAAAAGAAUUGUAUUCUACAUCCUUCCAGUUCUCUCGUUUGUUAUACUUUAUUCCAAGCUUCCACACAAGGAGCUCCGGUUUGUCAUUAGUUCCGUUCCAAUCUUUAAUUUGUCAGCAGCUAUUGCAGCUAGUCGUAUUUACAACAAUAGAAAGAAGAAUUUAUGGAAUUUGCUUUACAUAGCUCUGCUGGGUUUACUCGUGAUCAGUCUAGCAUCCACUGCCAUAACUUUCAUGGCUUCAUAUGAGAACUACCCUAGUGGUUAUGCUCUAAAAUCUUUGCACAGAGUAGGCCAAACCAAAAACACUACCAGUGAAUUGUGGGUUCAUAUUGAUACCUUCUCAGCUAUGAAUGGGAUUUCCCGGUUUUGUGAGAAUGACAACCAAUGGAGGUACUCUAAAGAAGAAGGCAUACCAUUGGAAGAGCUUUGGCAGAGAAACUUUACUUAUCUUCUGAAUGAACACUCGAGCAUCAAUGGAUUCAAGUGCUUGUUUCAGGUGGAUGGCUUUUCCAGAAUUCAUCUUAGGGGUGGCUUCCCACCAAUUUCAAUGGUCAAAGAACCGAAAGUAUAUAUACAUGGGAAUUUCCAAAACGCAGAUAUCAUGCAUAGAAGUUGGUCAGGUUGCUCAUGACUUCCUUCACCUUGAGAAAUGCAACUUGUGUUAUAUUUUAUAAAUCGACCAGUUGGUGCCUCCUAACUUAUUAGGAUUUUAAAUAGCGAAGUGUGUUAUUUGAAGGUGCAAAUAUCUUGGCAGUUCUAGUCAUUAAAACUUCUUCUUGGGGUAGCAAAACAAAGUUUUGAUGUAUUAUACUUUUUUAUUUCAUUGAAAAUUGAGAAUCUAGUUGACUGAA